AUGGAUGUCUUCUGGGCGGCUCCCCCGGUCACUAGGACUCUCACAGCCUUGACUCUGGUUCAAUCCGCUUUGAUGUAUGGCGGCUUAUUGAGCUUCUAUUGGGCACCAUUCUUGCCGAGCUUGAUAUUCUCAUGGCGCCCGCAGAUCUACCGGCUGGUCACCCCAUUUCUACUAACCGGACCGAAACUAGGUUUCCUCUUUGAUCUUUAUAUCAUGUACCGCUAUGGCAGUGCUGCGGAGAGGAGCAUGGCCCCUGGAGAGUUCCUCAUUUAUCUCCUAUUUGUAGCUUUCAGCAUCAUGCUCACUGCAGGUGGUUAUCUGGGAGCGGCUAUCCUUCUGUCACCUUUGACCAUGGCUUUCGUCUACACCUUUUCCCAGACGAACCGAGGAACCAAGACAAGAUUCUGGUUCAUCGAUAUCCCGGUCGUAUUUCUGCCAUAUGCAAUGCUUCUCGUCACCAUGGUGUCGAACGGAUGGGAUGCCGCGCUGGUAGAAAGCAUGGGAAUCCUGGCUGCCCAUACUUAUGAUUUUCUCACACGCAUCUACCCGACUUUCGGCGGUGGGAGAAACUUUAUCACUGUCCCCGGCUUCGUGGAGAGGUACUUUACCGAACAUGACCCCAACAGCGGAUACCGAGGAUAUGGAACUGCGAGCCGCGCACCAAGGCCAGCCGGGCAACCCUCGUCAGCGUCAGCAUCAGGAUCAACCUGGGGCAGCUGGACCUCUUCGAGUUCUUGGAAUGGCAGAGGCGCUGGCCGGAGACUUGGCUAA